AUGGCAAUCUUCGUUGUGAAAACUAUCCACAAAAAUGCAGAUUUAAUGUAUAUUAGUGCGCUGGAAAGGGAUUCAAAAGUUAUGGUUUAUCCAGGACAACAUUUAAAUUACAGAAUUCUUCUGGGCACUUGCACCAAAAAUAUAGCCAAACGUGAACUUUUGGUAAUUAUUGAGCUUUGUAGAUUUGGAAAUCUUCAAAGCUAUCUCGUGCGUCAUCAAAAAAAUUAUAUUAACCAAAUUGAACCAACUACAGGUAAAAUCGACACUUCUAUGGGAAAAAAUUUGAAGAGAAAAAGACACGAGAUCUAUGAAAGUUUAUUUACCGCCUUGUCUGACAGCAGUCCAAACGAUAAGCACACCAUUCACUAUUCAGAAACUGCGAAGUUCAGUGGCUCGAUUGAAUCCAGUGAUGAUUUUAUGGAUGAAGACUCUGAGCCAGGUUGGCGUUCUAAUUACGAAGGUGAUUACGUAGAAGAAGACUUGUCGUUUCUUUGCACUGAGGAUCUUUUGUUAUGGGCUUAUCAGGUGGCAAAUGGCAUGAAGUUUCUUUCAGAAAAAAAGGUGCUGCACUGUGACUUGGCUGCAAGAAAUAUACUGUUAGCAGAGAACAACAUCGUCAAGAUCUGCGAUUUCGGUUUAGCCAAGACAUUGUACAAGGACGAAAACUAUAAGAAGCAAUGCGAUGGAAAGUUACCCAUAAGGUGGAUGGCCAUUGAGUCCAUCAGAGACGGAGUUUUUUCCACUAUGUCAGAUGUGUGGUCAUUUGGUGUAGUUCUAUGGGAACUUUUCACCCUUGGAGAAAUACCUUACGCAGGUGUAGGAUUCGAAGUAAUGUAUCAGAAAUUAGUCAGGGGAUACAGAAUGACUCAGCCUGCUUAUGCUACCGAUGACAUAUACAAUAUUAUGCUCCAUUGCUGGGAGGAAGAGCCAACAUUGAGACCGUCUUUUACAAUGUUGGUUGAAAGGAUUGGAAAACUUUUACAAAAUGAUAUCAAAACUCAUUUUCUAAGAAUUUAUCAUGAAUAUGAG